AUGAAUUUACUAUCGUUGUUGCACGUUACUUUUGGUGUCCUUUUGGCUAGCCAAACAAUCGAUGGAUCAUUAUGGAAUGAAACGUAUCCAAAAGGUGAAGUACUUCGAGUCGAUGACUUGAACAUCUAUUCAUUUAGUUUCGUUUUAACUAGCCAAACAAUCGAUGGAUCAUUAUGGAAUGAAACGUAUCCAAAAGGUGAAGUACUUCGAGUCGAUGACUUGAACAUCUAUUCAGUGGGAACAUCGAAUAGUGACCUAUCAAUAAUUGUUAUUUAUGAUAUUCGAGGUUUUAAUAUAACUCAAACACGUGUAUUUUGUGAUCGUCUUGCACAUGAAUACUCAGUUCAUGUUGUUAUGCCGGACUUUUAUCGUGGCACGGCUGCUGCAUCCAACUCAAGUUUGAUUAUGACAUUGCUAGCUGAGGUUAAUGAUUGGGCGAAAAUUUCCAAGGAUCUUAAAACUGUUGCCGAUUGGUUAAAGGAAUCAUAUAAAGAAAAUCAACUUGGUUUAGUCGGAUUUUGUUGGGGUGGUUUACAAGCUGUACGGGCCUGUUCAAAUCUAUCAACAUUAUUCUUUACUGGCAUAUCAAUUCAUGGUUCAUCAUUGACACCUGCUGCAGUUAGUCAACUGCAACAACCAAUGCUGUUUAUCGCUGCUGGCAAUGAUCCAGCACUGAAACCGGAUAUAUCCAGUGCUAUUGAAGAGUCAAAUAUGGAGAUAAGUAAAAAAUGUGAAUAUCAUACAUAUUCAAGUAUGCGCCAUGGAUUUGUUGCUGCUAGUGCUAAUUAUUCAAAUCCGGAUAAUGUCAAGGCUAUCACUGAUGUUCAUAAAACAGUGCGAAAUUAUCUCGAUAAGCUAAGAAAUCUAUCUGUAUCGCUAUCACUUAAUCUGUAUCUUUUAUUUACAGUUGUAAUGUUUGCGUUUGAUUUUUAUUUAUAA